AGGCGUAGUUGUUGAAUUGACGUUCUUUAGAAUGUGUGUAGAUUCGAAUAUUCCUUAAAUUUAAGAUUAUUGGUUAUGUUUUGCAAUGUCGUCCAAGAAAGUCGUGUCGUAUUUUUACAGUCCGGAUGUUGGAAAUUUUCAUUACGGGCCUGGGCAUCCAAUGAAGCCUCAUAGAUUAUCUGUAAUUCACAGUUUGGUUUUAAAUUAUGGACUUUACAAAAAAAUGCAAAUAUAUAGACCGUAUAAAGCUAGUGCUCAUGACAUGUGUCGUUUUCAUUCUGAUGAAUACAUUGAGUUCCUUCAGCAAGUGACGCCCCAGAAUCUACAAGGAUACACAAAAUAUCUUACCCAUUUUAACGUAGGUGAUGACUGUCCAGUAUUUGAAGGAUUGUUUGAUUUUUGCUCAAUGUACACAGGUGCUUCAUUAGAGGGUGCGAUGAAACUUAAUAACAAUUGUUGUGACAUUGCAAUUAAUUGGUCUGGGGGGCUUCAUCAUGCAAAGAAGUUUGAAGCAUCAGGAUUUUGCUAUGUGAAUGACAUUGUAAUAGCUAUAUUAGAGUUACUGAAAUAUCAUGCUCGUGUACUGUAUAUCGAUAUUGAUGUUCAUCAUGGUGAUGGUGUUCAGGAAGCAUUUUACCUUACAGAUCGUGUGAUGACAGUGUCUUUCCACAAGUAUGGAAGCUUUUUUUUCCCUGGAACAGGUGAUAUGUAUGAAAUAGGAGCAGAAAGUGGGCGUUAUUAUUCAGUUAAUGUUCCUCUAAAGGAAGGGAUUGAUGACUCAAGUUACGUGCAAGUAUUUAAACCAGUUAUAUCUAGUGUAAUGGAGUUUUAUCAACCAACAGCAAUUGUGUUGCAGUGUGGUGCUGAUUCUUUGGCAAAUGAUCGCCUUGGCUGCUUCAGUUUGAGCACAAAAGGACACGGAGAGUGCGUAAAAUUUGUGCGUGACUUGAAUGUUCCGCUCUUGGCAGUUGGCGGAGGUGGAUACACAUUGCGUAACGUUGCCAGGUGCUGGACGUAUGAAACUUCUCUUCUCGUAGAUGAAUCAAUUAGCAAUGAGCUUCCUUACACAGAAUAUCUUGAAUACUUUGCCCCAGAUUUCACUCUGCAUCCAGAUGUAGUUACAAGGCAAGAAAAUGCAAAUAGUAAACAAUAUUUGGAAACGAUAACCAAACAUGUGUACGACAAUUUGAAAAUGUGUCAGCACUCUCCUAGUGUUCAGAUGCAUGAUAUUUUAGAAGAUAUUCCACGAAGGAACUCAGUUGGCCAAGAAGAGCCUGACCCAGAUGUAAGGGUCAGCCAAGCAGAAGAAGAUCAGCGUAUUGAGCCAGAAAAUGAAUUUUUUGAUGGAGACAAAGACCAAGAUAAAGGCAAUGAACAUAUCGAAAGUUAGGUUUUGUGUGGUGAGAGGCAGGCAGAGGUGAAGACUGCAGACCUUGGCCAUGAAUGAUGUCAUUACUUUUAAUUUUAGGUUUUUUGUAACAUAAUAGUGCUGGUUUUUGUAUUUUGUUCAAUGACUUGGUGACACUUAUGUGACUAAAUAGAUUGUAAGUAUAGUGGUAUUAAUGGUAUGACUGCCAUGAGAAAUGUACUUGCAGCAUGAAUUCUUUAAAGUGAGAUUUUGAGUAUACCUACAGUACACUCAUAAAUAAUGAUUUUGAAUUUCAUCCUAAUUUUUUUGAGAAAAAGGUAGAUCAUGGAACUAUUUUUUAAGCAUAUAUUGUUUAUGGUAAUUAUUUCCGAAAAGUUUAUUCUUCCUUCAACAAAUUGUACAAGUGUUUAUCGUAUGUAACUGUAUACAGAGAAGCAAAAGUAAUGAUGCUGACUUUUUAAGCCCUUUUUACUUAAAGUAUCCAAUGAAUUAUGUCCAUUUUAAAAAGCAUGACUGACAUCUUGGUGACUAUCUUUUGCAUGACAUUGCUCUUAAAAUUAAUGAUUGAGGUAAAAGUUCCGAAUCACACAUCCAAGUUUAGCCCUUGAUCCCGAUAGCAUGAUCUUGAAUUUGUUGAUUGUCUUGUUCUGAUGCUUGCUGUUUUAAUUUAGUACAUUGAAAGAUCCUGACCCAAAAAAAAAAAAACUUGUGGUAUAAUAAUUAAUAAUGAUCUUAAAUUGAAUACAAAAUAUAUUUUACUUUUUAUUCAACUUAAUGUCAUAACUUAUUGUUAUCACAAGUUUUUGUUAUGUGCAGGAUCUUUUGACGUACUAAAUUAAAACAGCAAGCAUCGUGUACCACAGGAUCAUGCCAUCAGGAUCAAGGGAUAAACUUGGGUACAUGAUACAGAACUUCGGUCUGAUUUAUUGAAGAAAAAUAGACAUAAAUAUGUUAGUGAUUUUUUUUAUGUACUUACACAUGAUUUUUUGGUAGAUGAUAGUCAAUGAACACAGGAUUCUUGGCUUAAUCAUUAAACCCAUCACAGAUUGAGUUAACCUGAUAAGGAUUUCAUAAAUGCUUGUUAACUUGUAUAGGCUUAAUGGUUAAACUUUUUGAACUGAAUAUUGUUUGGUAAUUUUACAGAAUGAUGCAGUGACUAUUUUAUUAGUUUUUUAUUUUAUGUUUGUAGUACACACUGGUAACCAAGUGUUUUUCUUGCUGUAUCGACUUUACAAGACUUUUUAUUCCUUCCUCAUAAAGAGCUAGAUGUAACUAGGCUGUUUAGGCUUUCAAAACCUGUGCUGUAUUCUCUAUUUGUUGCAGCUGUAAGGUCAUAUAUGAAUACAAAUUGUGGCCCUGUAGCAUUGUUAUAAAUGCAGUUUUAUUAAGUACUAUAAGAAGAGUCAAUGUGAUAUAUAUUUUGAACUUAGAUACCUAUAAGAAAGGGUAGAUUACUUUACAGCUGGGGAGAAAAUCUGUUGUGCAUUACUAUAGAACAUCCCACUUUAGAUUGCAGUGUGGAACUAAAUGGGCACUUUCUCUCUCUUUAAAACACACUUUGACUGCUGGAAGCGCUGUCCCGGUUUCUUCGUGUGCUUUUGCCAUUGAUAAUACUAAUUUAAAAUUAUAUGUUUUGGGCAAAGCAAUUUUUUACAUUUUGUAGAGCAUCAAAAUAUGCAUCAAGUGAUACAUAUUUUGCAUACUCAAUGGCAUUUUAAGGAGCCAAAACAAUGAAAAAAGUUACUUCCUCAAUGGAACUGUAUUGAAGUAUUCCAAAAAGUAACGCAUAAAAAAAAAAUUAAUCUACAAUUGUAUUUGAGUCAGAUUUUUUUGUUGAUAAAUUCUUGUUUUAGAACGCCACCGAAUAAAUCUCGAUACAUAAAAGCUCUUUGUUUCAGUUACAUUUUUUUUUUAUUGCAUUUCCUCAGAAACUGACACAUUAAAAAGUUGAUCAGCUGCAAAGUUUUUUUUUUUUGCUAUUAAAUUUAGAUGGGGUCGAAAGCAUGAAAGAUGUUCACGACUGCCAUUUGAUUUUAAAAGCAACACCAUCUCAAUUGUUUGUACAUUUUUCAUGUCCAUAGCUGUAAAAAUGUCUUAUAAACACAAGAGCACGCUGUAAUAGAGGCUGUUGUUGUAAGAUGAAACAUGGCCAUGUGUUUGGAGAAGUGAGUUUUGCCCUGCAAGCAAGUUCAAAGAUAAAGGCUUUGUUAGUUUAUCUAUUUCCUUCGACACAUUUCUGAAUACCAGCAUGCCAGUUAGUGCAGUGUCUCACGACUAAGAGACACGUUGUGUCUGGUGACUAGUCACAGUUUUUUUUUACAGGUGAUGUUAAUUGUGAGUUUAAUUUCUGCCUUUAUGUGGAUUACACCAAAAAGAAACUACAUUGGUAGGUAAUGAAGGAAGGAGCGCAAUAUUGUGUUGAAAGAGUGUGUGUUUUUUUUUUUUUUUUUUUGAAAAACAUAAAUUUGAACAGAUCAAUAAAGGAAGCUUUGGUCAACUUAGGUCAGCGGUAGGGAUAUUGAUUAAAAUAUAUAUGUGUUAUUAUUAAUUUUUUUACAUGUUUACUUUAUAGUUAUUGUUUGAAUUUGUACCAACAAUUGUGUGAGAACAGUUUCUUGUUGUAAGUUAGAGUAAAAAAAGUGAUUUUUUUACAAAUUGAUAAGUAUGAUAGUAUAAAUUAUAAAUUACAAUAUGAGUUAUUAAAAUGCUUCUUGUGCAAUCAGAAUUCCAUUAACACAUCUUUUGAAAUUCGUGUGUUGAGAGAUUUGGCAACAGUGUGCGCCAUAAGCCAGGUACUGCAAUCUAGAGUGAGACUGUAUAUAGUAUUUUAACUUUUCAAAUGUUAAUUACAGAGCAGGUGUUAUUUAAUGCCUUUUGUCUCUUAAAAAAAUUUAACAUUGUUAUUUUUAAAUUUAUAAAUGUCAUGUACUAAAACUCAUUAAAACAUCUCAAUAAAUUAAUGAACCAUUGCAUGUAGGCAUGCAAUUAUCAUAAACUGAAACAAACUAA